AUGGCUCGGCUUGCGCCGAAACCAGUCUGUGAUAACACUGGAAGUGUGCGAUAUCUCCCUUGUAUCUUAAAUUGCAUCGAGGUGCUAGAAAUAAACCUAUUACGAUGUAUAUUUUGCUCUGGAAAAGUCGCGCUUUUUUACAUCUUUCCUUGGUUUGUAAAAUAAAUUGUUUCGAAAAUAUGAUGGCUCGGAGGGUUGUCUUGAGGCGUUAAGUAUCACUGUCUGGUGCGAUUGACUAUUAGUCAUCAAAACACAAAAGUAGGCCAAAGGUUGCGGCUAACGCAUCAAUUAGGGUUUAAAUCCUCUGACAAAUUAGCCUUUUUCACGGUGGUAACUCGAUACGAAGAUAUGGUUUCCUUACAAAGGAAAACAAGUAAAAUGCCCCUUUUUGAAUAUCAUGUGACGUUUCACACAACAAUUGCUUGCCCUUAUUAAAAAUAUCCGUGGUUUUUAAUUCUUUGAACACGUGUUGCAUUUAAAUAAGGCGUCUUCGCAUUCGCUUCAUGAGCGACAUCAUCUUGGAAAUACAAAAGACAUGUGUGCCUAGCUUUUCUUGAACCCAGUCAUUGUGAGGUGGGUAAGGCUACAAAUUGAAAGCUGCACGUGCCUUACUUUAACACUGAGCCAAAAGAAGCAAUCGAAGACGAAAUCAUUACAUUGAACCCAUUUGCCUGCUCUUUCAACGUUGUAAACGGCGGCUAUUCAACAGCUGAAAGAUGCGCAUCGCAUCCGCUUGCCACCAUCUUUUGAUCUCUUAUCUCUGCGAGAUGAGUGUGCUCCUUAGUUUGUCUACCGUUCACGUCCACUGAAAGGUAUUUACGUCAAGAUUUUCCUCCCUUGCACAAGCUUAAGCGCAAAGGUCAAAAAGAAGAGCGUUUUGGCGUAGGUUGUUUGAGAUACUUAGCCGAACGGUUGAGCAAUUUUGAUAAAAGAUGCACCAUACAGCUUAGAAAACUGAAAGGCGGUUUAUUUAUACGCAAUUCCCCCUUUAAAAUCUGGUGGCUUUUAUCUUAUCUGCAGUCAAAUACCGGCUUACUUAAGCUUCACUAAUUGAGCACAGAGUCAAUUCUUUUGAUGCUUGAUUCGAUUGUAUUAAGCAAAAUGUGAAAAGUAACAGUCCACUGAUGAAAAACAAGAUAAUCGAUCUUUCCAAUGUGUAUAGCAAAUCUUAAAAGAAACCAAAGAAAGAUUAUCCCCUUAAAAAAGAUCUAUAGUCAACAAAUCUGGUGACAAAUUUCCGUAAAUUACUGUACCAGGAAACUACUGAUUGAAGUGGACAGACUGUACGAUUGUUGCUCUAAUUCCAGUGGACACACAAUUUUAACAACAACAAUAAACAGUACGCUAGGAAAGUACUCUUAACUGCCUUUUAUGUAAGGGGGUUCCACUCAAAUAUUUUUUCUGCCACAAUCUCUAACACGAAAUCCUACCCUCGCUCAAUUUUUCUCCCCUUUUUUUCUCGCAAGUCAACACCCUGCUCCCGCAAACCAUUUUUUAUAAAAGGAAGUCUAAUCUGAUCGAUCCGUUAGUACACUUGUGCGUGGUUUUAAAAAUCACAUAAUGAUGGAUAUUUCCGGAGAGUUGCAAAACACUCUGUCUGCGUCAACAUGUGUCGACAGGUACCUCUGAUGUGGGUCUCAUUUAUGGGUGUGGCCUACCCCCUCGAUGAAGUAACUUUGACAUAGCGUGGGUGGAUUGCAAGGACUGAUUGUGUCCGGCAAAUUGUUAGUUGCUGAAAGGAGGUGGACAAAUUUCAAGAGGAAUUCUUGAAGACUAACUGCGGCAGGGGUAGCUUAGUUGGUGGUCUACACAGCGGGAGUCGCAAGUUCGAUUCCCGCGUCCGAACAACAGUUGGAGAUAUUCCUGCUAUUACAUUGUAACUUAAAUUAGUAGGGUUUUUUCCUCUUAAAGCCUCGAAACGUCGUCGCCCUCUUUGUGCAGUCCCCAUACUGACCAAAAUCAAAGUAAGAUAAAACCAGGAGCCUGGAAAAACAAAUUAUUAUUUUGAAGUACACUCCACUCUCGCUAAUUCAGACGAAGACCCGUUUAGACCGGUAUAAAGUGUUCUUCUUUGCAAGAAUCAAACGCAAAGGCUGAUAAACGGCGGAAACCGGCCAUCUGUAGGCGUCAGCUGUUUUUAGGGAGGGGUCCGUGUUCCUCUCAAUGUAGAGUACCCCGUAAUCAGAGACCUCACGGUAUGAAAAAUAACGCGCCUUUAAAGCUUUUUAUGUCGGUGACAAUUGCAAGGGGAUAUCGUUUCAGAAAACGUUUGCUCAUCAUAAUAUGUCUUCAAAAUUAUUUUUUUAACACAUCUAUAUACGGAACUACGAAAAUCCUAUCACACCUAACCAAUCGUCUUGGUGGAUUAUAUAAGAGGGCUUUACAGAUGAAAAUUCGGUUCAAUUAACCUAGCGCCCCCUUCGUUUUUUUCCGAGUUUUAUAUUUUCCUCCGCCAGAAUUUUAAAUCGAUUUAUUUUUAUGUUCAUACUUUUUGGUAAUUCCCGAUUACCCUUGGAGCUGUCAAGCAGGGUAUUCACAAUCAAAAUUGAAAGGUGCAAUGCAAAUGACUUUAUUUCCUGAAUUACUGACAAACAAGUAAUACUUUAGGAAAGUAAUGCCAAAAUAGCUCAUUUGAAUGGAUACACCAUGAAAUUUCCUUCACAAAAUCGGUAGAAGUGCAUUGCAUGUCUUCAUAUAACCCCGAGAGUAAGAACUACGUGAUAGUGGCUUUGGCGGAAUUUCUUUUUUUUCGUACGCACUUCUCCUAAUCCGUCUUGCCUUUCAUGCCAGCACUGACAAAUUCGGCGUAAUAUUUUUAGUUCUGAAGCCUAUCGACAUCGGCGGAUGGAUACAUACUUCAAAGGUCUUAAGUCUUCUAAAGGAUCCGUAUUUAAAAACGAGGGCAAAAUGUCGUGUAAAAGAAAAAGUUUUGACGCAUUUUAAUGGUUUACCUACGGGUGGGAAGAAAAAGUGUUGCUUUACUUGGUACGGAUAUUGAAUAAGUCGGCCAGAUUUGUAGAAACUGAGCGCCAGCAGUCGAUAAGGAAAAGAGAAAACUCCGUCUUGUGAUUUUGUUUAUGUUCAAAACUAGGCUCUUGAGUUUGUGAAUCACAUCCUAUAGAAGUGUAACUAUUAAAGUGAAAGCUAUUGGGCAAUAAUUUUCUUUUGUGCAUUAAUAAUGUGCUAUACAAGGUGGCACUAGAAGCGUCGUCGCCUCUUUGCGCAGUCCCUAUACUGACCAAAAUCAAAGUAAGAAAAAACAAAUUAUUAUUUUGUAGUACAGUCCACUCCCGCUAAUUAAGACGAUUUAGACCCGUUUAGACCGGUAUAAAGUGCUCUUCUUAGCAAGAAUCAAAGGCAAAGGCUGAUAAACGGCGAAAACCGGCGAUCGGUAGGCGUCAGCCGUUUUUAGGGACGGGUCCGUGUUCCUCUCAAUGUAGAGUUCCCCGUAACCAGAGAAUUCACUGUAUGAAAAAUAACGCGCCUUUAAAGCUUUUAUGUCGUUGGUCAUACCAUGGGAUAUCGUUCCAGAAAACGUUUGCACAUCACUGUCUUCUAAAUUAUUUUUUUAACACAUCUAUAUACAGAACUACGAAAAUCCUAUCACACCCAACCAAUCGUCUUGGUGGAUUAUAUAAGAGGGCCUUGCAGAUGAAAAUUCUGUUCAAUUAACCUACCGGCUACCACCCCCUCCUUUUUUUUCCGAGUUUUAUAUCUUCCUCCUCCAGAAUUUUGAAUCGAUUUAUUUUUAUGUUCAUACUUUUCGAUAAUUCCUGAUUACCCUUGGAGCUGUCAAGCAUAUUCACAAUCAAAAUUUAAAGGUGUGCUACAAAUGACUUCAUUUCCUGAAUUACUGACAAACAAGUAAUACUAUGGGAAAGUAAUGCCAAAAUAGUUCAUUUGAAUGGAUACACCAUGAAAUUUCCUUCACAAAAUCAGUAGAAGUGUAUUGCAUGUCUUCAUUUAACCCCGAGAGUAAGAAUUACGUGAUAUUGGCUCUGGCGGAAUUUCUUUUUUUCGUACGCACUUCUCUUAAUCCGUCUUGCCUUUCGUGCCAAAACUGACAAAUUCGGCGUAAUAUUUUUAGUUCUGAAGCCUAUCGACAUCGGCGGAUGGAUACUUACUUCAAAGGUCUUAAGUCUUCUAAAGGAUCCGUAUUUAAAAACGAGGGCAAAAUGUCGUUUAAAAGAAAACGUUUUGACGUAUUUUAAUGGUUUACCUACAGGUGGGAAGAAAAAAUGUUGCUUUACUUGGUACGGAUAUUGAAUAACUUGGCCAGAUUAGUGGAAGCUGAGCGCCAGCGGUUGACAAAGAAAAGUGAAAACUUCAUCUUGUGAUUUUGUUCAUGUUCAUUACUAGGGUCUUGAGUUUGUGAAUCCCAUCCUAUAGAAGUGUAACUAUUAAAGGGAAAGCUAUUGAGCAAUAAUUUUCUUUUGUACAUCAAUCUGUGUUGAUAUUGACUCUCCUUGAAAAUCAGAAGAGUUAAUUCGACCUGGGGACAUGCUCUAAUUGCAGUACCCCAGAUGCAGGCAUGGUCAAAGUUAAUUGUGACGAGAAUUUUGUCUUUUCUUGCGUUUGCGUAGCUGUUAGCUGCACAUGAAAAGUGAAUGACGGUCAGGUCAAAACUUUGAAAUGUUUUCACUGCAAUAAAACGCUCUGCUGCAGUUUUGACUGACGUAGACAAAGUUUUGGGUGGAUGAAAGCUAAGGGUCAGGCUAAAGGUGCUGAAAUAUCAGAAUGCGCCGAAUUCCUUUCCCCAAAAAGAUUUGCCCUUAUUAAAAGAGAUAAAUACCUUCCUGAAAAGUGUAAUCACAUGUUUCUGCGUCCUUUUUUCAAUGAACAAGCCAUGUUCUCUUCGUAACAAGGCUGAAUGGGCAAAAGGAAUCUGGAAGGCGAAGCAAUCGUUUCUUUUGAGCCACCAUGGUAAAGCACAGCGACCUACCAGUGACAUUACAAAACUGCAUCCUUUCAAGUAUUUUUGCUUUUUACUUUAAUUUUCAUUUGAACUUUGAAUUGUGCACUCAAUGCUCAAACUGUAAAAUAGUUUACACAUUAGUGCAAGAACAACUUUAACAGCACAACCUUUAGCAGCGCAACUCGCCCCCUCUUGAUAUGAAGUCAGUCCUGCAUCGCAGACUGCUAUCUCGAGCACGCUCCGCGUUUUAAUAGUUGUCUGAUGCAGUGCAUUAGUCAAUCAUUCAGCUAAGCUUUCUGGACACAGUGAAUGUGAGGUUAUAAAAUGUUGUGGACUAAAGAAACAACACGAUGGAUUAUAUCCAAAACUUGUUAUGAGGUGCUAACAAUUGGUAUAGCACUCUUCUUCUUUAAACUCAGUCUUGAUCUUUAGUAUAUCUUUAUUGGGACACUAUUAUCAAGACAACGUUAGCAAUUUAAACUGAACGCCGUGUGUUUUCAAGGAGCACAUUUUUCAGUUGGCAGUGGUAAGUUUGCAAAUAACUGUAUUUAUUUAGUUUUUCUCUAUGCGUUGUCGGGAACCGAGCUCCAUUACCGACACUGAGUAUUUAUCAGUGUUUGGAAAUCUUGAAGGCCUUAAUCUUAAAAUUUUAUUUGAUUUACGAGAAAAGAAGGAUCAUUAUACAGCUGAAAAGUGUAAGUAGUAUAACACAUGCAUCUCUCAUAGCUGCAAGAUUCCAGAUCAGUAACAGCAAUAUAGCAAGGGGACAUGUCAAACAACUUCUCAGCCUAGACAGUCCAAGGUCCAAAAACUGAUUUGCCUUAGGUAACAAUCAUUUAUAGUGGCUGGUUUAUUUAGAGCGAAAAUCUAAAUGAUGAAUGAUGAUGAGCAGAAGAAAGGAUGAGGGCUGUUUAAAAUCCGGGACUUGAAAUUAUAAAUGGUUUAUUGCUCAGAGGGUUUUUUUCCUUUGGACCAAGAGAUGAAGAUAUUGGUCUAAUCUUAGACACGGUGAUUCAGAGUAACAGGACUGUGUAAGCUAAGUGGUAGAGCCCUGUUUCGCACAUCUUUGAAAGUGAGAGAGUUUCGGUGCAUUGGUGUAUGAGAAAUAGCAACGUAAAAUAUAUAAAAGGUAAGGCUAAUCUUAAACUGCAGCAAUAGAAUUUCCUCCACGUUAGAAUCACUGAUUGCAUUUUAUGUGAGAUCAUAUACUACGUAUAUGAACUCUGAUGGUAAAUCUAAAAGUCCUCGGUUUUCUCUCUAGUCUUUUCAUUCGCCUUCUGGGACUGGCAUACUUGCCACCAUAUUGAAUGUGCAUUUGUUUAGUUAGCAAAGAGACAUGGCUAUGCUGAGUCACGAGUCUUCUGACUUGAACUAGUUAAGUUGAAUUCUCGGAAAAUAAAACAUUUUUUAUAUGUUAGAUAUGCUGUUUUAUGAAGAAUAGAGAAAACCAUAUUUUGUGCUCAGUAUUACAGCCGUUGUAUUCAUUUGCAUUCUUUUUUAUUCUUUUGAUGUUGAUAGUUGAACGUGGUGGAGCUUUGAAUAAGAGCUGCAGGUUACAGCAAUCGAAACAUCUACGUAUCAUUGUCGGUAAAUUGCGUAAUCCUCGGAGGCCUUCGGAUAUUAAUACCGAAUACCGUCAUUGCGUGUUAUUUUAUUCUAAACUUUUAGUUGUAGUCUCCGCAAGUUGCAAUCCUUCGGUGAAUUAUAUCUCCAAAAAAAUUUCAACUGUGUUUCCCUUGGGUUUCAAAGUUCUGUUUGCUGGAUAUGUGUUCUAUAGAUAAUUCAAGAUCUUACCUAGUUUACAAUUUGAAAAUUAUUCAAUCGUCAAUUUCCAUAAAAAAAAACUUUAAUGGUUAAACGUCACUAAAAACGAUGGUUUCCAUUUCAAUUUCACAAAAUUUUCAGACUUUCUAUUCCUGCUCUCUCUCCUAAGAAAGGGUGGCUUCCGAGAUUACGGCUGGGUGAGUCAAAUGAUUCUCUUAAACCUACAACCAACCAUGCACCAAAGGAGUGCUUAGGUUAG